CAGCCUUGCGAGGCGUAUUUUCGAAUCACAUCGUUGGACUCAAAAUCGACUGUCGCAUCGAGCGGUAGACAAACAGAAAGAUGGAUCACCCAUGGCAGAGGAAACGACAUGAUAUUCCCCUGGACAUCGAAGACGGCUCGAAACUGCCCUCGGAGGGUGAAGACGACGCAGGACCCUUCCUGGAGAACGUCAAGGGGCUGAGUCGAGAUAUAGGUGCACACGAAGAGAGAUACAAAUGCGAAUUAUGUGAAGCAGCGUUCAGGCUAAGAACAGAUUUUAAUCGUCACCAGCAGGCUAAACAUCGCCUUAUAAAUAACAGUCACAUUUGCAUGAUUUGUGAAACAAAAUAUAGUUGCAAAGACGAUCUAUUAAGGCAUAUAGUAAAGAAGCACAAGGCUAGACCACAGCAGGACAGGAAAAUAACAGGCGAAGAGUCCCAAUCGAGCGAUAAGAACGUCAAGCCGAUACAUCCAGCCAUGACUCUCCUGGAGAACGUCAACAACCCCAACCUGGCCGAUGCCGAGAGGUCGGAUCACCCCAUAGACACUCCCCCGGCUCCAUUGACGCCAUCGCAAAGAUAUUUAUUGAGGCAUAGGCCUCCGAACCCAACUCGCUUCCCGUUUCGAGACCCGUUUCGAGAGGAUCCAUCAUCGUUGGGUCCUAUAAAUACUCCCCCGGAAAGCUCAUCGUCUUCAGAGUCCGACCCUGAUGACAGAUUAUCUCGCGCUCCAGAUACUGGGAGCGAAGGGGAUUCUGCAGACGAUGACGCGGACGAGAUAAGAACGGAGGAGCGAAAAGGAAGGGCACGACUUGAGCGUACAUCAGAGAAUGUCAAACAGAUCCGGAUUGUCGAGGAAGCGGGUUUUACCAUUGAGGAAGUCUAUUCCGAUUCUGACGAUGACCACCUCGAGGUUGUUCGACCGGAACAGGUCGAAGAUGCGGGCGACAGAGAGGAAAGCAAGGUUGAAACCCCCUGGGUCACUGCAGCCUUCAAUCUAAGAAACUUACAUCUGAGAGAAGAUUCGUCGGAUGAGGAGCAACAGAGAAUGUAUCAAAGGAAGAAGAAGCGUUGGAGCAAUGGUGUCUACAAAAGGACCCAUGAACACAGUGUCGAUUCUGACAUUGAUCUGUACGACGUUAAUCAAAUGAACAACCUCGACCCGUCGUCGCGAAGAUUGCGUCGAAGGGUAAGAGGGUCCGAAUCUUUCGAGCGAGCAUCACUGGCCUUUGAAGCUCAAAAGCUUUCGAUUCCAAAGAACAUUGUGGAGCUAUCCGCAGCAGUUGAAGAUGGCUCUAAGAAAAGGUCACUCAGUCUCCCUUCGAUAGCUUCGGAUGACGAGUUCACACUCGACGAGUUGCCGUUGUUGAAGUCCGACGGAAGGAACCCUGUGUUCAAUCCCAACGAUCACUUUCAGCUUGAGGAAAAUGCAUCCGCCGCGAGUAUGAGCAGAAUGCGGUACCAUUUUGCGAGAGUAAUAGAGAAAACUACUACCCGUAUCAAUGCUAUACUCGCCGUACAAGGAGAUGUGGAUGAGUGGAGCAAAUCUGAUUUACAAGAUAUCAUGUUGGAAAUCGGACUUGUCCACAAGUAUUCAAGGACGCAGUGGACUAGACCUGAAUACCAGACCAUUAACGAUCACAUCCAAAAACGGGGGCCGCAUGACUUCGAUGACACGAUCCACUGGAAAGAAGCUGACGUAGUUCAAUUUCUCCACGACCUCCAAGCCAUAUGCAAAGCAUCGGUCGAAAUCCAAAGAGACUUGGCAAACAGAGAACACCACAAAGAACAUCGCAGAGUCCUUCGUGAGAAUCCAUUGCUCUUAGUGUUAUAUAAACCUGUCCUUACGGGAAUUCGUGUCGGAAUAGAUAGUGGCAGACUUUCUCUGCCCGGAAUCUCGGGGAACAUGCCAGCUACAGAUAUUAUGUUAUCCGGGAAUGACGACGAGCCAACAAACUUAGAUGUUCCGACCAGGGACGAGCAAACCACUUCGGGGGGUCCUGGGCUCACAAUACGCGAUCCAUCCACUUACGGUGGCACUACAAUUGGCAUGGAAUCAACUCUGGGUGGAGAUACUCACGUUGCUAGUAUCAUGCACAAGAACGACAUAAUGAACCAUGAUAGCCAUGAUUCCAUCCCUUCAAUAGAGCGGUUCGACGACGACAUUCGCUCGCUCAUGUCAGACAAGGUUGAUGGUGAAUCCAUUGCAGAUAAGGCGGACUGCCGCCGGAAUCAAGAAAUUGAAAACGCAAUCGUGAGCGUUCUUGCCACAAAUUCGGAACUCGCACCAUUGUUCGAGGCCGCUUUGCAAAUAAUGUCCAAGGAGCGAUUCAGUAAUAACUUUGGCCGCUUGCUGAAGGCAUUCCGCGCGAAUCUGGCACAGGAAAAAGCGGUCGUGACUGUGGAACUGGCGGCUAUCCUCAGGUCAGGCACAGCAAGGAAGAGAAUAGCGAAGAAGGUCGUGGAAAGGCACUCCACUGAAGAGGUUGGAUUGAGUGAGGAAGAUCUUGCUCGCCUGAAACAGCCGGACGAGUGUAAUUUUUCGUACCUGGAGAACUGGCUCACCAAAGCGGACGUUGCCACUACCAACACAGACGUCGAUCCAAUUCAGCCUCGAAAUGCAUUCGAUGGUGGCGAAGCAGGAUUCAAUGCUGGUGAAAUCUCCGAUAAUAGCGAAACAGAAAUGCCGAAGCCAUACACAACUCAAUUCCCACGAGUGGACCUCGUCAUACAAGCUCUUAUCAACGGAGAACCUUUUCGAAAUAUGUUGUAUGGGCUGAAGGAAUUCCUUCUGCCUUACGGACUUCUUGACGAACUUUUACCCAUUCCCCAAGUGCACGUCUGGUAUGAAGAACAUGAGGCAUCCAAUGAUCGAUCAUGUUUUGAGACCACGUCCUGGCAGGACAAAGUUCCUUUGGUAUUCGGCAAGCAUGUAUACACCUAUCUACGAUCACUGCGCCACACAAACCGCACCAUUGGUAAUAUAAUGCAAGCAUUCGUUGAGGAUGCAUCGGCACUGAGGUGGAACUGGUGGCCAUUCUCACCAAGGAUACAUCCGCUCAAAUCAGGAUACACGCGAGUCUACUGGAAAUGUUUUUGCGGGACAACGCGCCAUCGUGAUUUGAGGAUUGAACAAAAGCGUAUCCUAGAAAAUCUUCUGAUGAUGUCUCCGGUGCGGCAACCUCGACUACCCCUGUGUGCCUCACUUGUACGCGCAAAUCAACGAAAACAAUCGAAGGACCUGUCUACAAAUGGUUCUAAAAAGGCAGUUGGCCAGUCCGCAAACACUAGUGGAGCACCACAGGGUGAUUUGCAGGGAGUAGGCAGUUCAGUUAGCAAGCAAGCCACUGGCACGAGAUCCCAACAGGCGCACAUCCCGGGAGAUUCACAGUCACAGAUCAGCGACAUGCUGUCUACGAGCCCGCCAACACAGCCUAGCAACAGCCUCAAGAAAACACUAUCUGUUUUCUUCGGUGUAGACGGGCCAAGGAAAACACCCGAAACCGACCGCAUCGAAGAUCACGAUCUCCAGUCGGAUCCUGUAUUCUUGAGAAGAUUGAACCGCAGACAUCGGGAGCUAAGGGGUUGGCUGCGGUGGUGCUUUUCAUUCUGGAGACUAAACCACUGGGAGUUUGUCAAGUUUGAGCGGGUUUUACUAAAGCCAGAUCGCGCAAUUGUACGGAGAGUCGAUCUACCCAGCUCAUCGGAUUACGAAUACAGUCCAAGACCACCAGAAGUGACACCAGAACACCCUGGUAUCUCUCAACAUGAAUUUGAGAUCAUAGUUCAGUUGUGCCUCGAGCCUUGUAUUCUCUCCUCGUGGCCAAGUCUGCACGAUUGUCUUUCUGUCAGCGAAAAUGCGACUGCAAUCUUGUCGAGACUGCCAAAAAGAAAGAAUAAAACUACAUUACCGUUACCGGACCCAGACGAUAGACACUUCUGGGGGAUUCAAGCCAGAUACUCCGUAUCUGCUCUCCGGGUUCUACUCAUCCAUGUCAUAAUAUUGGCAGCCACUUUUGGACUCUGGGGCUGGUGGCAGUCAAACCACCCAGAUGAUUUACAAGGUGCCGCGGUGCCACUUACCGUUGCGGCAGUUCUUCUUUCAAUGUUUUGGGGCAGUACGGGGAUGAUCAAGACCUUGCGGUAGAAUAUUACACGGCGCCGAACGCCCUCGUUAACGUUGUUUUUCUGGUUCUUCCUAUAGAAGCCUGGCUGAUAAUGUGGAAAAUGCCCACCUGCGAAUUCACUCGUACUGAUUUGGACUUCCAAUUACAUCAGGGAGAGUUCAAUUUUUAAAUUCAAAUUUACAGCGUAGGGGACAACUUCAUCGCAUCACAUGUGCCUAAUGUCAGACACUUGCAAAUUAUUAUCCAAUAAUAAUUCUAUUCAUCAUUAUUUUUUUCCAUACUAGAUUCUUCUAUAACUGAAAUGUCCUCAAUUAACCAGGUGUCCAAGUAUCUCCAUUG